AAUUUUCAAAAAUUUCAAUUCUUUUUUAUUUUGUUCAAUUCAAUACAUACAACAAUUACAAAAUUUUACAAAAUUCUCCUUAGUAUUUAUAUUAAAAACAUCAAAAUGAAACAAAAACAUCAAAUAUGGUCGGAACGUUUGAUAUUGGUUCCCUAUCGAUCACAUCAUGUUAAACGUUAUAAUGAAUGGAUGCAAAAUCCAGAGCUACAAUAUCUAACCGGUUCAGAACCAUUAACAUUAGAAGAUGAAUAUAAAAUGCUUGAAUCAUGGAAUAAUGAUCCAGAUAAAUGUACAUUCAUUAUUUUGGAUCGUAAACAUUAUGAAAUGGAACAAAAAUUAUUAAAAGAUACGAAUGAAUGUGAAAUUCAAUCAAUGAUUGGUGAUGUAAAUCUUUAUAUUUAUCUUGAUAAUGAUAAUGAUGAUGAUGAUAAUGAACAACGUUCAAUGGCUGAAAUUGAAAUUAUGAUUGCCGAACAAUGUGCACGACGUAAAGGAUAUGGUCGUGAAGCAACAAUGUUAAUGCUUAAAUUUGGUUACGAAAUUUUGGGUAUCAGAAAAUUUCAGGCAAAAAUUAAAACAUCCAAUAUUCAUUCACAACGUAUGUUUACAGAAAUAUUUGGAUUCGUUGAAUGUAGUCGUUCGACUGUAUUUGAUGAAAUUACCUAUGUCUGUAAUCUGAUUGAUUGUGAAGGCGGUAAACCAAUUAAUCAUCGUUUACGACAAAUGUUUGAUGAAUCUGAUUGUCAUUAUAAAAUCUGUUAAAUUUAUUUCAAAUAAUAAUUCUUCUUUUUUUUCAAUAAUAAAAUAUUCAUAAAUUUUGUAAACAAAAAAAAUUAAUCAU